AUGAGUCACGGGGAGGAACUGGCACUGGAGACGGAGUUGCUGCUCCAGGGCGUGACACAGAUCACACAACACACGGCGGUAGAGAGUGUGCUGGAGGACGUGGAGGUGCCACCCUUGUCUGAAUACGAAGCCGCCAAGGAUGCGCUAGUGGCCAAGUUGCGCAAAAAGAAGGAGGCCAAUCGAGCGCAGCAGCAGCAGCUCAACCAGUGGCGCUACGGGCCGCUAUCAGCCAUGACAAGUGACGUGUUUUCACAUUCCAAGACACGCAACCCGCAGACGACGUUAAAACUGCCAGUGGCGGCCACGUCGUCGAGAAAGAAGCAGGACAUGCUAUCGAAGCUCAAGACACAAGCAAUCCAGCAAGGCGCACAGAAUAUGGCCGAGUUAUUUGGGUAUGCGAACUCUGAAGAACAUUUAAAGCAUUUGAAUAGACUUGAGAAGGUGAAGAUUGCAGAAGGUGAGAUGAAGGAGAAACAGAAUCAAGAGAGAGAGAGAAAGAAACAGAAUCAAGAGAGAGAGGAGAAAGAGGAGGAGGAGUCAGUAGAGAGGAGUGCAGAUACUGCAGACCCAAAAGGAGGCAAUGAUGUUCAUGUAGAGGAAGCUGAGGUUGUGGAAAUAACAGCUACUAGUGUUCACAAGACCAUGGAGAGUGAGGAACAGGAGAGCGUAAAAGUGGUGAGACGUCAUAAUAGGAUUCAGCAACUUGAUGUUGAUGAGGACGAAGACGGGAAUAAAGCCGAUAGUGAGCAAGACGUUAAGAAUGGAGACGAUGCUUACAAUGAUAUGGAGGAUGAUACCGUCGCGGUGGAAGUUAUAGCUGACACACGAACGGAAGAACAGGAUACAGCGGAGGUGGAUAAAGAAACGGCAACGAUAGCUACGUCGACAAUAAUCAAGGACAAAGCUGCAGGAUACCGAAACUUGCUGCGUGUAGAGGCAAUGCAAAAUCGCAAGCGCAAACGGCUGGUCAAAGGCCGUAAAGACAACUUUGUCGAGUCAGAAGCCGAAGAAGACGAAGAAGAGGAUGCCCUCAAGAUUGGCGGUCUGGGCGACUUUGGUUUCGGUGUGCCGCAAGCCAAGACCCAGGAAUGCAAAGAGGCCGAAGAGGAGCGCAACGCGCUUAAGCUUCGCGAGGAUGACCUGGAUCACAUUGUCGAUGACCUCUCAGAUGACGAGCGAGCGCAAGAACAAGACUUGGAGGAAAUGUUUCGCCGUGAACAAGAAGACCAGGAUCGCCAGCAGGUCAAGGAAGUUAUGCGCAAUGUGAAAGAAGGUUUUGGCCGCAAUCGCCGCGCAUUUUCAGGUAUUUCUUCGACCUCGGGGGCUCGUGGUCGUUUUAAUCUAGAUGAGCUUGUGGCUGCUGAUGGCAGCAAGUUCGAAGCUGCUCGUCUUGGUCUUCUAGAGUCUGACGAAGAGCUGAGUGAGGACGAUAAUGGCAAAAGGAAGAAAGCAAAUGGUGAUAGUGAAAAAGGGGACGAGGAGGAAGAGGAAGAAAAAGAAGACGAAGACGAAGAGGCCGAGAUGGAGCGUCGGCUACGUGAGCGUUUUCUGACUCAGCCCAAAAUAUACGUGACUUCAUCCGAAUCCGGCAGUGACAAUGAAGAGGAAGAGGUUACGAAAGACAACGGCCUCGAUGCUAAUGAGGUCGAAUCCGACGAGGAACGAGAGCGACAGCAGAUGAAGCUCUUUUCAGAGCGUGCUCGUAUUAAUCGCCGCAUGCAGCGUAUGAAGGACAUGCAGCGCCAGAUUGCGCUGGAGAAUAAUCAAGCAGACCCGACCACGAAGAGCAAUGCUGCAAUGCCAAAUCUGUUGCUCGAGGAAGACGAAGACACGCAGGAGUUGAUGCACUUGCUGAACCGCACAGACGUCGACUCUGCGCCGGGCAGUCAGACAGCCACAUGUAGUAGCACUCUGAAAAAAUCAGACCGACCUCGUUCCAAGCUCGGUCGGUUCAAUUCUUAUGGCGGUUUCACAUCUGCGUCCCGGACAUCGUCUUCCUUCAGUCGUGUGAUCGACCAGUGCAAGAUGUUCAGCGCCAACUCGACUGGCGCUUCUACACCUUCAAAAGGUUUCGUCUUCACUUCGUUCAGCUCCGACAAAGUAGAGGACAGAAGUGAUGAGAAUGCUGCACUAAAGGACGACGAGGCAAUGGCUGAUGCUUUUUCAGAGCUUGGCAAAAACUCAAGUACUACCAAGACACCAUUGAAACGUCGUAAAGGUCUCGGUACUAGCAAGACAGCGACGUCCAGUAAGAAACGCAAAAGUGGUGGACUCUUUUCCGUAUUGUCAUCGUAUCACUGCGUUUCAAGCACAAGUCAGAGCCAGACCUCGAGUCGGAUGUAA